AAGUAAACAAUCAGAAUCAGCAGCUUUGAAGUCAUACAGCACUUGAUAAGCAGCCUAAUUUGAGGGGAUUGGGUAUAAAAAUCCCCAAUCCCAUCAGUUUCUAAUUGCUGACACCGAGACUCUCAGACUGCCGGCAGAAUGGCCUUUCGUUCUUUGCUCCUUGUUUUCUUAGCUGGACUGGUGGUUUUCUCUGAAGCCGCACCACUGGGCUCUCAUGAUUCCAAGCACCCUCUUAUUGUGAAAAUUCUAGAUUCAGUCAGAGGAAGUCCAGCUUCCAGUGUACCUAUUAAAUUAUAUAAAAAGGCUGAUGAUGGGACCUGGCAGCUCUUAAGUUCAGGAAAAACCAAUGAAUAUGGCGAGAUCCACGAGCUUACAACCGAGAAACAAUUUGUAACAGGGUUGUACAAGAUUGAGUUUGACACAGUCACUUACUGGAAGGGACUUGGCCUUAACCCAUUCCAUGAACAUGCUGAUGUGGUAUUCACUGCUAAUGAUUCUGGUUAUCGUCAUUAUACUAUUGCUGCUCUCCUCAGUCCCUUUUCUUACUCAACUACAGCUGUAGUUAGUGAACCAAAGGAAUUCGGAACUACACAUUAG